AUGAAGACAAGAUUAAAUUCAAGAUAUCGAACCAGCUAUGCUCGUCUCACAAAUAUAUAUCUACCUGUAAUUAAUGAAACAAUAACUGUCGGCGCCAUUGCCAUAGCAAGAUCGCCCUGUGGUCUACACAAAUCGCGAAGGUUGAACGUUCAGUAG